AUUUUUAUUAAAAAUUUAAAAAAUGGAGGGAAGGGAAUCGAAUCGACUCGAAUCGGUUCGAAUCGACUCGAAUCGGAUCGAAUCAAGCGGGUAGCUAACAAUCGACUCGGUUCGAAUCGGUUCGAAUCGGUUCGAAUCGGUUCGAAUCGAUUCGAAUCGAUUCGAAUCGGUUCGAAUCGGUUCGAAUCGGUUCGAAUCGACUCGAAUCGACUCGAAUCGGUUCGAAUCGACUCGAAUCGGAUCGAAUCAAGCGGGUAGCUAACAAGAGUCAAGCGGGUAGCUAACAAAAAUUUUUUUAAAAAAGUUACAGAUUUGGACAAAUCCAAAAAUGUAAAAAAGCUUAGUAAGCCACCCAGAAGCAACUUUAAAGCUAAAAAAAUUGAAAGAAAAUUUUUAACACUGUUAAAAAAGGCUUAGGCUUAGUAACCACCCAGAAGUAACUGUGAAGGCGAAAACCCCAAUUUUUCAUUCCAGAUUUUUAUUAAAAAUUUAAAAAAUGGAGGGAAGGGAAUCGAAUCGACUCGAAUCGGUUCGAAUCGGUUCGAAUCGGUUCGAAUCGGUUCGAAUCGGUUCGAAUCGAUUCGAAUCGAUUCGAAUCGGUUCGAAUCGGUUCGAAUCGACUCGAAUCGGUUCGAAUCGACUCGAAUCGGAUCGAAUCAAGCGGGUAGCUAACAAGAGUCAAGCGGGUAGCUAA